GUCAUAUAAACGUCAAUCGGCUCAAGAGGCUAAGCUUGUAACCAAUAUCGAUAAUAAUCUGCAAUUGUUUACAGUUUUAUUCAGUUAUUCAUUCAGUAAGCAAAAAUCAAUUAAGGAAGGCAGAAGACUUACCGGAUACCACCACGAAUUUUAUCAAAUUUUUUGCAACAAUGGUGCAGAAAGGGCCUCGACCUUUGGUAUUGUGCGGUCCAUCGGGAUCUGGAAAGAGUACUCUGCUGAAGCGCCUUCUUAAAGAAUUUCCUGACAAGUUUGGGUUCAGCGUUUCUCACACGACGAGAGGCCCCCGGCCGGGUGAGAAGAAUGGAGUCCAUUACCAUUUCACUACAAAAGAUGAAAUGCUCGCUGCCAUUGAAAAAGGUGAAUUUCUAGAAACCGCUACAUUCAGUGGGAACACUUAUGGGACAAGCAAGAGAGCCGUUGAAGAUGUUCGCCGCACCGGAAAGAUCUGUGUCCUCGAUAUCGAGAUAGAAGGUGUGAAACAAGUGAAGAAAUCAGACCUCGACCCUCUGCUGGUGUUUGUGAUGCCGCCUUCAAUCGAUGAGCUGGAGAGACGCCUGCGUGCACGAAACACAGAGUCUGAUGCCGCAUUGAAGCUUAGACUCGAGACAGCUAUGAAGGAGAUUGUAUUUGGCAAGGAGCCCGGCAACUUCCACAUCAUCAUCAUGAACGACAACUUAGACAAGGCGUAUUCGGAACUGCGCGAGUUUAUUGCGCAGAAUGUGAAGGAUAACGACCAAGACCUCCGUUCGCUGUAAGAAGUAAACUGCAAGGAGUUAACCGCCGCUUAAUUAUUUAAGGAGAAUAUUAUGUAUUUAGUAUAUAUUCUUAUAAGGUUAUAUUUUUAUUUGGGCAUUGAAUUUAAAAACCAUUCCAUUAAAGAAAUACCUACUAUGCCGUGAUCAUAAUUGUGUUACCGAAUAAAUAAUUUAUAUCUUAUUAGAGCAUCGUUUGAUCGACGAUAUAAAGCGUUCUAAAGCUCGCGAUUGUUUUAUGCGAUCAACGAAAUGUAGGGAAAAUAAUAUCGCUGCGAUAAACGCAUUGACAUUUUCAUACUUUGCUUGAUCGCUCGCGUUCAACGCUGUAUUUCGGUCUUAUACAGGUGCAGAUAACUUGCUUGGUAACACUCUAGGCAUGUUUUUGAUUAGUUUUCUUUAUGUAUUAUAUGUUGUGAAGAACAUUUAUUGUUUUUAUUUUAUUGUGGAUGUACGUUUUACUCAUAAGUUGAUACAAAAUCAUCUGCAAUAUAUACUUAAAUUAGUAAUUUAUUAUUUCGAAAUUCGACCAGUGAGUAGGUAUUUUAAUAAAAAAAAAGAAAAUCUUACUACAGGGGUCGCUUCAUGAAAAAGUGUGAAACCACUGACAUAGGCCUAUUAAAAAUAUCAGUAUCUCAUUUAACCCAAAAUAUACCUUUAAUGGAAAUUGAAUUGUGUCAUCUGAUAUCUUAGUCCUAUCAAGGUAUAAUGUUGCCGUGAAUGUUGCUAACUUAGUAGGCAUUUGUCGUUGUAACGUGAAUGUUGUUACCUAAAUACAGGAUUAAAAAUCUU